GUUAAGGAUGUUUUUCUUGUUUUUAUUUUAAUUUCAACAUUCUAAAUAAGACCAAAAAGAGCAUACAGGAAAAGUAGACAGACACUGUGUUGACUUGGCACCAGAAAACCAUCAACUCGUCACUCCCAUUUCUCUGAAUGAACAUCAUCCUGUCAUCCAACCAUGGAUGAAGAGUAUGAUGUCAUAGUCUUGGGCACUGGCCUCAAAGAAUGCAUUCUCAGUGGCCUUCUCUCUGUUGAUGGCCUCAAGGUUCUGCACAUGGAUAGGAAUGACUAUUAUGGAGGAGAAUCAACAUCUCUAAAUCUCAAUCAGCUUUGGAAGAGGUUCAGGGGAAAUGACCCACCUCCAACACACUUGGGCUCUAGCAGGGAUUAUAAUGUUGACAUGAUUCCCAAGUUCAUAAUGGCAAAUGGAACUCUUGUACGUGUCCUCAUCCAUACUGAUGUUACAAAGUAUUUAUACUUCAAAGCUGUGGAUGGCAGUUUUGUCUAUAACAAAGGAAAGGUUCAUAAGGUGCCGGCAAAUGAUAUGGAGGCACUCAAAUCACCACUCAUGGGUAUAUUUGAAAAGCGCCGUGCUAGCAAAUUUUUUGUCUAUGUUCAAAAUUAUGAUGAAAACGACCCCAAAACACAUGAGGGAAUGGACUUGACACGAGUGACAACUAAAGAGAUAAUUGUCAAAUAUGGUCUUGAUGACAACACUAUUGACUUCAUUGGCCAUGCAAUAGCCCUUCAUAGAGAUGAUCGUUACUUACAUGAGCCUGCUCUAGAUACUGUGAAGCGGAUGAAGUUGUAUGUGGAGUCUGUUUUACAUUUUCAAGGAGGGUCGCCAUACAUUUAUCCUCUUUAUGGGUUGGGAGAGCUGCCCCAGGCAUUUGCACGACUUAGUGCUGUUUAUGGUGGGACAUAUAUGUUGAAUAAACCUGAGUGCAAGGUAGAGUUCGACGAUGAAGGCAAAGUUGUGGGUGUCACUUCAGAAGGGGAAACUGCUAAGUGCAAGAAAGUUGUUUGUGAUCCUUCCUACCUGCCCAGCAAAGUGAGGAAGGUUGGCAGGGUUGCAAGAGCAAUUGCCAUUAUGAGCCACCCUAUCCCAAAUACCAAUGAUUCUCAUUCAGUGCAGCUUAUCCUGCCACAAAAACAGUUGGGUCGCAGAUCAGACAUGUACCUUUUCUGCUGUUCAUACUCUCACAAUGUUGCUCCCAAGGGAAAAUUCAUUGCAUUUGUGUCAACAGAGGCAGAGACUGAUAACCCUGAGAUUGAAUUGAAGCCUGGGGUCGAUCUUUUAGGUCCUGUUGAUGAAAUAUUCUUUGAGGUUCUUAACAGAUAUGAGCCAGUCAAUGAACCUUCUUUGGACAAUUGCUUUAUAUCAACAAGUUAUGAUGCUACAACUCACUUUGAGUCAACUGUAACAGAUGUGCUCAACAUAUAUACCAUGAUUACUGGAAAGGUUCUUGACCUGACUGUGGAUCUAAGUGCUGCCAGUGCUGCAGAAGAGUGAGGAUACCAGUCUGUGCAUACUUUAAUGUUUGUAGUGAAUAUAAAGUUUCUUUAGGUAUUAUGCUGUUAGUAGAAUUUCCCUCACAAGAGUAAGGGGUUAGACUUGUCAUAGUUUUCUAUUUAAUCAUUAGUUAUAUCUUUUGUAACAAAAUGUUUUAAUUGUUCUUUAGAACUUAUUAUGUAGAUCUCAAAUAUUUAACUUUUUAUAUUUUUUGUGCUUUUUCAAGUAUGUGAACAUUAUUAUAGUUUAUAUCAGUAGAAAUAUAUACAUUUAGUUUUA